GAAAAGGAUGUGACUCCUGAUAGCCGGCUGCUGAGGCGAGUGAGAGAAGCUGCACUCCAGACUGAAAAUCUUUCUCCUUUUAUACAUAUGAGGGCUUCUACAUGCCUUACUGACUUUUUUCUUGCCCUUGCCAUCUGCAAUACAGUCCUGGUCUCCACAGCUACCGAGCCAAGACAAAGGGUCACAGUCCCACCACCAAUAAAACCUUCAGGAAUCACCCUGGAGAAGAUCCAUCAGAUGUUUCAACGGCUAAAAUCAGCGAGCCUUAACCAGUCUUUUUCAUCAUCUCAGUCUAGCUCCGAGCUAGGUGCUAGCUUCAGUGCGAAGAACACCGAGCAGCGCCUCACUGCGCUGGGUGGCUGUGACAGCGGUGACGGCUGCAGUACCAGCAGCCAAGGCAAUGAGCUCCAGCGCAAGGGCAGCACAGACAUGGCUUCCUUGGAUGAAGUUUUUAAAUCCGUGACCAACGAUUCCUUGCCAACGGACUUCUGUUACGAGGCUGAGAGCCCCGAUGAGGCAGCCCUCGUCUAUGCUGCUCAGGCAUAUAGUUUUACUUUGGUGUCCCGAACUGCUGAACACGUCACCGUGCGGUUGCCGCAAGGCACGCUCCUGACUUUCGAUAUUCUCUACACGUUGGGAUUUGACUCGGUGAGGAAGAGAAUGUCUGUAGUCGUGAGACACCCUCUAACCAAGGAGAUUGUUGUCUACACAAAAGGAGCUGACUCUGUUAUAAUGGACUUGCUGGAAGACUCUGCCAAAACUGACGUUAGUGCAGAGAAGAGAAUGAAAAGAAUAAAAGAAAAAACACAGAAGCAUCUGGACUACUAUGCCCGUGAUGGCCUACGAACACUGUGCAUAGCUAAAAAGGUCUUGAAUGAAGAUGACUUUCAGAAAUGGGCCAAUUUUCGUCGGGAGGCAGAAGCUGCAAUCGACAACAGAGAUGAGCUGCUAUUGGAGACUGCACAGCAUCUGGAGACCAAACUCACCUUGCUGGGAGCAACAGGGAUUGAAGAUCGGCUGCAAGAUGGAGUGCCUGACACUGUCGCAGCUCUUCGAGAAGCUGGGAUACAAAUCUGGGUGUUGACAGGAGACAAACAGGAAACAGCAGUUAACAUUGCAUAUUCCUGUAAACUUUUGAAUCAAAGGGAUACUGUCUUCACCAUUAACACCGAAAAUAGGGAAACUUGUGAAUCUCUCUUGAAUUUAACCUUGGAAGAAGUGAGGAAGAAUUACGAGGUUGAAAAACCACGGAGGAAGUGUUUUGGCCUUAUCCCAGCAUCCUUCUCGGCCUCAGAGCCCCCCAGGCUGGAGUUUGGGCUGGUAACGGACGGACGGACACUGGAUAUCAUCUUCCAGGGGGGCCUGGAGAAGAAGUUCCUGGAGCUGGCGGCGCACUGCCGCUCGGUGCUAUGCUGCCGUUCCACCCCGCUGCAGAAGAGCAUGGUGGUCAAGCUCGUCCGGAGGCAGCUUAAAGCGAUGACUUUGUCGAUAGGUGAUGGUGCAAAUGACGUAAGUAUGAUUCAAGCAGCUGAUGUUGGAAUUGGAAUAUCUGGACAAGAAGGCAUGCAGGCUGUGAUGGCUAGCGACUUUGCAAUAUCCCGAUUUAAGCAUCUCAAAAAACUGCUUCUCGUCCAUGGCCACUGGUGUUACACUCGUCUGGCAAAGAUGGUGAUUUACUUUUUCUACAAAAAUGUCAGCUACGUCAACCUGCUUUUCUGGUACCAGUUCUUCUGUGCGUUCUCAGGCACCACGAUGAUAGAUUACUGGCAGAUGAUUUUUUUCAAUCUCUUCUUCACCUCAAUACCCCCUCUUCUCUUUGGAGUCCUGGAUAGAGAUGUUUCUGCAGAAACACUUCUAGGAUUGCCUGAGUUGUACAAGAAUGGACAAAAUUCAGAGAUAUACAAGCUGUCAACUUUCAUUAUUACAAUGUUGGAUGCCUUCUAUCAGAGCCUCAUUUGCUUCUUUGUCCCUUAUUGGACAUAUGAGGGCUCUGACAUAGACGUGUUUUCCUUCGGAAACCCGAUCAAUACCGUCUCCCUCCUGACCAUUCUCUUGCACCAGGCUCUAGAAAUGAAAACGUGGACCCUGUGCCACUUGGUGACCAUGGUUGGCAGCGUGCUGUUCUACUUUGUCUUCUCUCUGGUCUACAAUGCCUCCUGCGUGGUCUGCAACCCCCCCACCAACCCCUACUGGAUUAUGGAGAAGCAGCUUUCAGAGCCCACCUUCUAUUUACUGUGUCUCAUUACCCCAGUCAUCGCUCUCUUGCCAAGGUUCCUUAUUUUUGCGCUACGAGGAACAUUUAGAGCGUCUCUGAUUCUGAAAGUGCAGCAACUAGAAAAACUUCCCAAAGGGCAACAGGAUCUUGAAAUCCAGAAAUUGAGAACAAGAAAACAAGCCACUUCGGGUGCACCUGUAGCGUCACCUGCACCUAAUGAUGACCUUGACCAAAACAUCAGCCGCUUAUGUGUGUCCCCAUUUUUAGAGCCAACAGCAGCAGCCCUCUCUCAUGGGGACACAGAAAGUCAGGCACUUUCCACCUCGGAAGUGAAUGCUCUCAGGAAGCAGACACCUGAAGAAGGCUACUAUUUCUUCAAUAGGUGGGCAGAAGAAGAACCUACUGCUGCAGACUCUUCAGAAAACCAUUACCCCUUUUUACCCAGCAGGAUAACAACUCCUGGACAGGAGGGCAGCAAACUGGCUGAAGACAACACUAACACCUUUCGCCACGGAAGCCAUCGGCGAUCUGUGAGCGCAGUGACACUCUGA